GGGCGGGACUAGGGAAAUAGGGGCCGGUUUUGUGCGUAGGGUGGCAGGUGUAGUGAUGAGGAGCGAGGCUCGGCGGGCUGGAGAAGGUGACCCCGCACGGCAGCCCCGACAGCGGCCCGCUCGCACGGGAUGGCAGUGACCUCGCCGCGCUGUUCCCGUCGCUGAGUGCUGUGGAGCCUCCUCUGCCAGUGCCAUUGCAAUUGCCAUGCCUCCCCAGGAGCUCCUGGAUUACGCACCCGCCCUGCGGAGACACAGCCCGCCCCGGGGCAGCGGCCCGGAGCUGGGCAUCAAGUGCGUGCUGGUGGGCGAUGGCGCCGUGGGCAAGACCAGCCUGGUGGUCAGCUACACCACCAACGGGUACCCCGACGAGUACCAGCCCACCGCCCUUGACACCUUCUCCGUGCAGGUCCUUGUGGAUGGAGCCCCUGUCCGGAUUCAGCUGUGGGACACUGCUGGACAGGAGGACUUUGACUGUUUACGUUCUCUUUGUUAUCCUGACACCGACGUCUUCCUUGUCUGCUUCAGUGUGGUAAACCCAAGCUCCUUCCAAAAUAUUACUGAGAAGUGGAUCCCUGAGAUACGAACUCACAACCCCCGGGCACCAGUGCUGCUAGUGGGGACUCAGGCAGACUUGCGGGACGAUGUCAAUGUCCUCAUCAGCCUGGAUCGCUACCAUGUGAAGCCUGUGCCCCGGCCUCAGGCAGAAGGUCUAGCUGACAAAAUCCGGGCUGAAGCCUACCUGGAAUGCUCAGCACUGACUCAAAAGAACCUCAAAGAAGUUUUUGACAUGGCCAUUGUCAGUGGUGUUGAGCACAAAGCACGGCAGGAAAAGAAGAUGACUGCCAAAGGCAUCAAGACUCUCUCCAAGUGCCGCUGGAAGAAGUUCUUUUGCUUUGUCUGAAGACGCUUUAAAGGAAGGGGAAAGAAGCACCUAAAGCCAGUAUUGGCUCUGCACCUUCUUGGAGUGACUGCUCCUAUGGCCCCAGCAAGGAGGGUAUGAUAAGCUGCUGGGCUUGGAAACCUGUGUCUUGCUGGGUACAGUAUCAGAUGCCUGGGAGACAUGAACUAGAUUGCCACUGUGCCAAGAUGUAGAAUGGUCCAGGCAGCUAUAAUACCUGCUGGACAUGUCUGUAGUGUCCCAGACUAAGGGGAGCCUUUAAUACAUGAAGACUCAGUACCCCAGAACAGGCAGGUUCCUUACAUUGUUCAAAAUGACCAGUUUCCUGGUCGAAGCUCACACACUUUUGAAGUUCUGAUGCAGCAUAAUAAAUGUGGGGGACUUUUGAAAUCGGCCUGUGUUUUGGCUGAUUUACAGGCUUGGCAGAGAGUAGGGCAGGGGCGACUGCAAUGUGGUCAGACAUGGGCUGCAGAGUUUGUAACAUGAGACUUGGGUUCCCCCUCUGAUUCCGUUUGCCUAAGUAGGUAGAAGUUACAUGGCUGUGAAAAAGCAGCACUCUUUCUUAAAGGCCCUCUAUUGAGAGUACCCUUGAGAAGGUAUUUCCUAAAUAAAUGCCAUUAGCAGGCUGAAGAGAAAAUGGACUGGGAGCUAUAGUAAUACUUUGAGCAAAACUUUUUUUGAGAGGACUGUCUACUGGGGGCCAGUGUUAUAGUCCUAUCUUAAGAGAUAGUUGUGAACUUGGGGACCUACUUUGAAAGGCUUUUUGUGUGUGUGGUGUUUUGGGAGAAAGAACAGGUGAGGAACGGUGAUGAACGGCUCUGUCUAGAAGCGACAAAACUGUCAGCAAAGGCUUUAUAACACUACCAGGGGAUGAAAUGUAGAGGGAGAGCCAUGCAUGUAAUGAAAGAACAGAGAAGGAAGAAAAAGAAGAGAAUAAAAAGGAAAAAGAUGGAAUGGAGAAAGGGAGAUGGAGAAGGAAAGAAGAAUGAAUGUUAUUAAAUGAAAGUUGUGAUUCUACUUAGCUGAGAUCCUAAUAUUCAGGGAAUAUUCUAGGGACCUGAAAAAUUUGCUAGUGGUAUCAAUUUCAAAGUAAUAUUAUCCAUACAUUCAGUUCAGAAUCAAAAGGAGGAUGUUGUAGUGAGAGUUCCUCUUCAUCAGUAAAAUCCUCCGUUUCAGAUCUACACAAGAGAACAGAACUUACCUUGUACAGUUCUUCCUGAGGCUGCAGAACAGGAAGGGAGGGUACAGGGCUUAUUUCUGUUGUGCUUCCAUUUCUUAAAAGUCACUGCUUUAUCUGCUGAAAUCAAAAGCAAAGGCAAUCCAUGAAAUUUCUGCUGGAGAAAAACAUUCACUGUGUUUGCUCCCUUCCCCUCUCACCUGUUUCUCAGGGGAUUAAUAUCCUUGUGGCUCUAUUCACAUUUUAUUACAGAACUUUCAUCAAUUUCUAAAUCUUCAUUUGCGGAGACAUUUCAUUUUGGUUUAUGUAGCAGAGGGUGUGACAGGUCUGUCAAGCAAUACUUUCAAUACUCAGGGGGUUCUCUCCAUCUGGCCAUGACCAAUCACUUUGGGAAUGCUCUGGAGUGAUGUGACAGAAAGAGAUAUAGCUAUGGAUGGUUUGCCCUGGUCCAAAAGCAAGCUUACAUGAGCUAGUGAGCCUGUAAAAAGACAAAUGCAAGUAAUGCAGUCUGGCUCUAAAGAAAUGCCUGCAAACAUCUCUCACAACUAUCUCUUUUUGUGGUGCAGCUCACGUAGUCCCUAGGACAUGAGACAAGACUGCUGUCUCCCUGGGCAGUAUUGCAGGAUGAAAGAGGUGGAUGAGUUUUCCUGCGAAGGGAAGUUGCCCACAGCCUUGGAGCUACUUGAAGGGUAAAGCUUCGAGACCUGAAAAGGAUGGUGUAGCAAAAUGAGCUGAAUGUUGAAAGGACUCCUCCUACUGAAAUGCCAUUCAGGUUCAGGAGGAGUCCUAAGAGGUGGUGAGUAUAGAGGCAGUAGUUAGGAGUGACAUGUCUGACAAAGGUUUAGGUAGGACACCACUUCCUGAACAAAGCCCUCAGCAAUGCAUCCCUGCAUGUAUUCCUACCUGUACAGGCACCUUUGCUGUAUGACUAGUUCGGUUUGUUGGGUCUUUACACAUUUCUUUAGCCUGUGAGACCGGGAGCUGUGGUGUGACCUGCCAAAGAGCAUGCCAUACCCCUAUGGAGAAAAUCCACAGGUGGAAAGAGCACCAACCUCUCUCCUGCUGAGGAGAGCAAGGGUUGUCCUGCAGUAGCUUGGAUUAUUUCAUUCUGGAAAAGAAACUGUACUAAGAGCUACUUUCUUCCUCUAUGAUUGCAUCUAAU